ACACCUCUGAGGUCACAGAAUUUAAUAAGAGUCUGAAGUCUUUUCUACGAAAAAUUCAAGUUUCUUGAAGAUUUUUUCUUGUGAAGUAGUCGCAGUUUUUUCUGUCGACAUAAAAGAAAAAGGGAUGCGUUUGGGUUUCCCGUUCCUUCUGUGCGCUAUUUUCGCCUCUUUGCAUUACAGCACAGAGGCUGAGCGAUUCUCCAACUCCAGAUACCUUCUGGGUAAAGCUCUUCUUAGAAGGGCUCGGGAGAUCAAUGAAACUAGAAACAAUAGUGACGAGUUAGAGGACGAGAUGUCGGAGGAAGAAAGAGAAAGAAUUCUGCAAACAGAAGCUUCGGAAGACAUAUUCGUUGGCUCCGGAAAUCACGUGUAUGAGAGUCAGGGGAAAUCGGAGACUUCUGGUUCUAAGCGAGAUGAAACUUCCGGAGAUGAAGGCAAACGGGGCGAGGAAUCGGGAAGUGAUGAUGAUGCUCCCAAUUCCGGUGACAGCGGCGAGGGUGAUAGGAGUGACGAUGAUGAAAGUGACGACGACGAUGACGAGGAGAAAAGCGAAGAUGACGAUGACGACGAUGGUACAGAGACAAAAAAAGAACAAGAAAGUUCAAGUGAUGAGGCUACCAGUGGUUCAGGGCUGAUCGAAAAUGAGAACGCUGCAAGGCGUAGCGAGGUCGUUUCCGGUUCCGGUUCCGGAAGUGCGCAACAAGAUGAUAACUCUGACCAAUCAGGGUCGGCUGGUAGCAGUGUUGAGGCGUUGACACCCACAUCAGCAUCAGGAGAUGAGGCCAGCGGAGUUGCAGUGCAGAGCAGUGCGAGCAACGAGGAGGAAACUGCCUCCAGAAAAUCAGAAAUUGCUACAGUUUUUGGGGAAAGCGAGGACGAAGAAGAUGAUAGCGGAAGUGCUGAGGUCAUCAAAAAGGGGAUCGAGAGCUUGAGCCGACUUUUAACGCCAGUAGCCAGCGGUUAUGACUUUGAGUUGUACAGCGGCAGUGCAACAAAGCAAGACAAAGAAGAGGAUAGCCAAUCUGAAGGGGAAAGCGAAAAAGGAGUUAGUUCUGAUGCAGAAGAAGUCCAUGUCAAACAGUGUAAAAGAGUUUGUGAAGACCCCAUGACAUACGAGCAGUGUGCAGUUCCUCGAUGCGACUACAAGAUGGGAACCAUCAAGGAUUUGUGUAUCUACUUAUGCAAGCAUCAGACUCCUGUGUGUAGACAAGAAUGUGAGUAAGGUAUCCCUAAACAAACUCAUUUUGCAAUGUGAAUUAUUCAUUACGUUUUGUCUCGGUUUCAUAACGAGGCUCUAAAUAUAAAAGCUUGUGGAAUUUGGCCUUUCUAGGCUUUAGGCCCAAUGGUAAUUUAUUAGUAAAAUUCUUCAUUGAGGGCCUAAGGCCUAAGAUGGUAUAAAUCUAAUGUAAUGAUAGUAUCAUAUCGCUGGUGUAUAGCCUGUUAAUCCAGCAUUUACGAAAUUUAUCUUAUGACUGAAUUAGUACCCACAGGCGUAUAAAAUAGACUUGUAUGUAGGACCGUUUGGACAAAAGACAACAGGUACUAGUAAACAGAACCAGAAAAAGUAUUAGUUCUUGAGGCUAUGCGCUUAAAAUUAAAGAAAAAAAAUUAAUCUCAUCGGUAUCAACCGUACCGGGCUUUGGGUCAUACAUGAAACCCACGAUUGUUCAAUUUUAAAGGUAUUACAUCCGACAACCACCCGUUGAUUUUAUACAGGUGGUCUAAAAUAUAUUUAACCGUCGCCUAUGGUGGCUGUCUGUGGUAAUUGAACGAUGUGGGUACAAAACUUUAAAGUGAUUUGUCAUUAUUCGUAUGCGAAAUAUGAAAUAGCAACAUAAAUGAAAAACAUUAAGGUUUUCACACUUAGAUUUCUCGCGAAUAAAGAGCUAAGGAGUUGUCGUUAUAAUGACUUGAGGACCCUGUGCCGAUUUGGCGGGAAUACAAACAUGGCGGGAAAAAGGAAAUGCCGACAAACGAACAAAUUCUCGUCCCCAUAUCCCUCGUUCCUUUGAUAGAAUGAGUCGAUCUGGGGACAAGAAUGACUAAAUAACGGCUAAGGUCUAGGUCCCUUCGAUAAAUAGCUAGACUUAAUUUAAAACAUAAUCUUUGUUAAAGUUAAUUACAAAAGAGUUUUUAGAAAUGUUCUUGGAAAUAACAUAGUAUAGUUUUAGAUGCAAGCUAUCAUUGUGGCAUUUAGGGUUCUUUAGUUCCUUUUCCAGCAAGAGAAAAUAAUGGUUUUCAUUUGAAAAACAUAUUUGUAUAAAAUUCCCUCCCCCCCUCUCCCAUCGUACAUGUGUUUCGGAUACAAACCAAAGGAAGUGAGUCAAGUUCAUCAAAUCGAAGCUUGCUGAAAGUUUUCUGCUAAAAAAAAUUGUGGCUCGACUUGCAUCGUUUGGCUUGUUGCAGUUUCGGAAAAGCUACCUAGUUAUGCGAUAUGGGAAGCCAAGAAGGGCGCGAGCUUGUUGCUUUACAGUUUUUCUCGUGUGAAGUUUACCUAUCAGCCUCAACCUUGAAAACUCAACCAAGUCAUUUUAUCCCACGUCCAUAGAUGAGUAAUGGAAAAUUGGAACAUUAGUAGUAAGACCAAGGUUAUCAAUAGCUUUCAGGGCUGUAACUAGAGUAAGAAACUGUAAUAGAUCUCCAUGUUCAAUAAAAUAUAUCAUUCAAAUAUUA